AUGUCCUCACGUAAAGGUUCAGUUGAUAGUUUUGAUGAAUUUUUUGGUGAAACAAAACCUGAUAAUAAUAAUGACAAAAAACAAAAAGAAGAUGAUAUAUCACCAUCAACAGAUGUUGCAAAUCCUAUUCGAACUCAACCUAUUAUUCAUCAUCCACAAACAGCUUCAGAUAAAAUAUCUAAUAAGAAUAGUGAAACUAUAUUAUCAACAAAACAUAUUAAUAAAACAUCAGCAUCAUUAUCAUCAAAAUCAAAACAUAUCGAUUCUCAACAAUCAAAAUCUAUUGAUUCACCUCAAUCAAAAAUUUAUGAAUCAGAUUUUGAUGAUAAUAAAGAACAUGAAAAUAUUGAUAUAAAUAUAGAUAAUAAAAAAAAUUAUAUUUUAUUAUCAUCACAAAAAAAACAUUCAUCUGAAAUAAUACAUCGUACGAAUGAAUCAAAAUUAAAAACUUUAUAUACAUUAAAACAUGAUAAUAUACGACGAAAAGAAAAAUUUUUACCGUUUAUUCGUCCAUCAAAACAACGAAAAGGUAUAACAAAACGUUAUCCAAAAGAUAAUAAAAAUGAAAUUGAAAAACGUUUAUUAUCAGCACAAAAUAAUAAACUUAAACAACUUCAAUCAUAUAUAAAUGAAAUACGUCGACAAUUAGAAGAAGAACGUAUUGAAAAUCGAACAUUAUUAUUAAUACAAAAACGUGAAGAAAAAGAUUUAAAAAAAUAUACAAAUCAACUUGAAGAUAUUCGUUUAAUUGCACAAGAUUUUACACAAGAAAUUGAAGAUGUUAAAGAAAAAAUAAAUAAUGAACGUGAAAUAAAAUUAAAACUUGAACAAGAAAUUGAACAACAUGAUCAUAUAUUACAAAAUCAAACAAAACGUAUGAGAUUUUUUAAAAAAUUAUUAAUAAAUGAAACAAAUCUUAAUGAAACUGAACAAUUACGUGAACAAUUAAAUGAAGCUAAUAAAAAAUUAAAAAAAUAUCAAGAAAUAAUUUCUAAUAAAGAAAAAGAAAUUGAAAAUCUUGAAAAAAAUUAUCGUCAUGAAAUAAAUCAUGAAUUAAUUAAACAACGUAAUCUUAAACAUGAAAUUGAUAAUCAUUCAAUAAAAUAUAAUGAUCUAUUAUUAAAAUGUGAAGAUAAAACACGACAAAUCGAUACAAUGCAUAUUUAUAUACAACGUGGUGGACGACGACCAUCUCAUUCAUCAUCAAAAUUAACUAAAUCAUAUUCAUUACAAUCACUUCAAGAUACAUCACCACGUUUUAGAGAAAAAAUUCUUGAAUAUGAUAAAAAACGUCGUGAACAACAACAACAACAACAAAAACUUAAACCAAAACUUAAACCAUUAAUAUUACCUAAUAAUAAUCCACCAUUAAAACAUGAACGAAAAAAAUAUAUACCUAAAUUAGAACAAAAAUCACAAACAAAAAAAUCUUCAUCAAUAUUAUCACAUAUAAAACAUGAUGAAAAAUCAUCAACAAUUGAAAAUGAACAUCUAUUAACAAAAGAUAAACGUCAAGUUCGUCGUUUAUCAACACCAAACAGUAUUGAUGAAGAUAAAAGUGAAUUAGACGAUGAAACUGUUAGUGAUUUCAUACAUCUAAAACCUCCAUCAGCACCAACGAAAGGUAUGCAACGACGCGAACAACAUUUAUCUCAAAGUCCAAUUCAUAAACGUUCACUUACACCUUUGUCACCACCAUUUGAAUCAAAAUUUAGUUCAUUAGGAACUAAUGAAAGUACUACAACAACAUCAAAUCUAUUGAAACGUACUGAACCAUUACCAUUAGUAAAACCACCAGUAAAACGUCAACUUGAUGAUAAAUGGACAAAUUUAAUUGAUAUUAAUAAAAAAGAAGAAUCAACAAAAGAAGAUCUUCUAUCAAAAUUAUUAUCUGAUGAAGAACAAGAAAAAAAAUCAACAACAACUACACAAUUGUCACCACCAUCUUCUCAACCAGCAUCAUUAAUUAUGUUUGAACCUACUUCAUCAUCAACAAAUGGUCAUCUAAAAAAACCACCUACACGUCUAACAACAACGAAUGUAUAUGAUUUUAAUAAAGCUGUUAUUAAUUUACAUGAUGGUGUACCAGUCACUGCUCAACCAACAACAACAACGAAAACGAGAACAUCUAUUGAUCCAUUUGAGUCUUUAUUUAAUAAUAAAAGUACUAAAUCAACAAAUCAUGUAACUGGUCGUGAUGAUACUUUUACGACAACAACUGAUAAAUCUGAUCCAUUUGAUUCACCUUUUGGUGAAUCACCAUCUGCAACUAAUAUUUCAACAACAAUUAAACCAAAUUCAAAACAAUAUCCAUUACAAAAUGAUAAAUUACAAAGACCAAAAGUAGUAACAAAUCCAUCAAAACCAGUGCCUAAUAGGACAGUUGUUGAAGAAAUUGAAGAAUUUGUUUUGUGA